GAGCUAUCCUACUGAACAAGGAAGGAACGAAAGGAAGAGGAGAUGGCGAUUUCCCUGGCUUUGUCUUCUUGGAUGAGGCUUUUGAAGGGUUGAACCAGGAGUUUGUGACCAGUUUUGCAAACUUCUAAAAAACCAAGGCCCUUUUUAAAGACCACUGAACAGAUAAGGCACAUUUUUAAAAGCUGGGGAUGAAGAAGACCCCUCAGACAGUAUGGGGCCAGGCAGAAGUUAAAACCUGCAGCCUCUGUUUGGGGUCCAUUCAUACUGAUAUCUCUGUAAGAUUUAAGGGCCACUGGUGUUUAACCCGGGAUUUCAAAACUGCACCCCACCCCAGGGUUUCUGCAGUGAUCUUAAAGGGUGCUGAGUUAAUAAGGACUUGGGAAGGAGGGAGGGAAUGACUGACCAAGUUUUGGGGAAAUCUGAUGUCACAGAUGGAGUCACAUUUUCUGGGUGUUCCAGUGUGGCAGGAAUCCCUUUGAGCAUGUCCUCUCCUGCAUUUGGGGGACCCAGGACCCAUAUGAUCCUUCCCAAUAGCUAAAUCCCUGCUGGCAAAUGGGACUGCUUUUGGCCUCUAAGACUCAAGGCCCUAAUUAAUGCCAGUUGGUUUGGCUUUUACCAGGUUGAUGCUUCUCUAUCUUCAAGGAGUGAAUUCAUUGGCCCCUGUCCCCUUCCCCUAGUUGGCUAACAGCAUUUGCCUUUAAUGACUAAAGUCUAGGGUCUGAAGAGAACCUGAACAAAUAUUCCUGGCAGUUCUGAGCAGCAUAGGGUGGGGCGAUGCAAGUUAUCAAAUUAAAUCCUCAAACAGUGGCUGCUCCGCAUCACUGCUCUGCUUUAGUCCUGCCAUAGCAGUAGACAAAGGGAGUUUGCUUUUGUGUUUUUUCCAAAGUCCGUACUAAAUAGCAGUGCGUACUCUCCAAACAUACUCUUCAAACCCGGCUUCAUCCACCACAGUUCAAGGAAAGAAUGGCCAGACAUGCUCCUCUCAACAAGCACAAUGUGCCUCCAGAAAGCAAAGCUCCACACAGCCCUUUGUGGAUGGGCUUUCAUCCUCCGUAGAUCCACCAAGCCUGUCCUGUUCCUUUGCCUCUUGGGAGUAUUCAUCAGUCAUGCGUCUUAUCAGAUUGUAAGCUUCUUGUGAGCAAGAACCAGGCUGCCUUUUAAUUAUAUAAAGCCCCUGUGUGACCAUGGAUGUGUGUAGGUGCUUGAUAACCCUGGAUACACCUUAGAGAUAGUGUACCACCCACACACACCUUUCUUUACCGCUUCCUUCCUCCCCCAGCCCAAGGUCAGACACAGCACCACUGGCUCCUUAGGGUCUGCGUGGGUCUGUGGGAGGGGGUCUGUGUGGGAGGGGAGAGGAGGGCAGCAGCUCACUGGCAGAACAGGCCACGCCCACCCUCCCCUGUUGGCACACGCACUCUGUCCCAGGCCCAGCCCUGCCAUUUUACUUUCCCUUUUCUUCUGUGAGGUUCAGGGAAUAUAUUAAUCAUAAGACAUAAGCAGGGUGGGUUGUCUGAGUUUUGGGAUAGUUUACUUAAAAGAAAAAAAGUCUGGAAAGUAAAAGCCCAAAGAGAAGGUCAAAGAGUUGAUUGCGGAGAGGAGCUGGAAAGAGUUAGAGGGGAUGAGAAUGAGGGAAGGCAGCCCAAUUUAGAAAUAUUUAUUCUGACAUCAGCUUUUCUCCCCGUAAACCACUGAAUUUAGAUAAGUUUAGGAAGGGCUACAGUACAUCAAAAUGACUAAAAGCACAGGUUUUAGGAUCAGAUAUGGAUUUCAUUCUAGUGUGUGAUCCUGGGCAAAUUAUUUAACCUCUCUGAACCUGUUUUCCUACAACGUAAGAUAAAGAAAAUAUACUCAGCUUAUGAGAAUUAAGUGAGAUAACAUACAGUGAAUCAACACAGGGCUUAGCAUAUUUAUCACUCUUCCGUAAGUAACCAUGGCUGUUACUAGAGCUGUUAACAAGGGAAGCGUCAAGUGGGAAGCAGAACUUCCAGGUGGAGACCCCAGGACCAGCCCAGCUAACGACGUGACCUUGGACAGGUCAUUUCCCCCAUCACUGUGGAAUAGCACAGGGAUGCACCACAGGACAUGGCAGGAUGGCUGACGAGAUUCGGAAGUGAAUUAGGAAGAAAGCUGGAUGAAUGCCUGCUGGGACAGGCCUCAUCUCCCCACUUGUUCUAUGAUGUUUCAGUCCCAGGAAGACAAGAGCCAUGUCUCUGAGCAGCGCCUUCAGGGCUGUGGGCAACGACCCCGGGAUCAUCACCUGGAGAAUAGAGAAAAUGGAACUGGCCCUGGUGCCCCUGAGUGCUCAUGGCAGCUUCUAUGAGGGGGACUGCUACGUCAUCCUCUCGACCCGGAGAGUGGGCAGUCUCCUCUCCCAGGACAUCCACUUCUGGAUCGGGAAGGACUCCUCCCAGGAGGAGCAGAGCUGUGCAGCCAUCUAUGCCACACAGCUGGAUGACUACCUGGGGGGCAGCCCCGUGCAGCACCGAGAGGUCCAGCACCAUGAGUCCGAAACCUUCCGUGGCUACUUCAAGCAGGGCAUCAUCUACAAGAAGGGCGGUGUGGCCUCUGGGAUGAAGCAUGUGGAGACCAACACCUAUGACGUGAAGCGGCUGUUACAUGUGAAGGGGAAGAGGAACAUUAGGGCCACUGAGGUGGAAAUGAACUGGGACAGUUUUAACCAAGGUGAUGUCUUCUUGCUGGACCUUGGGAAGGUUAUCAUCCAAUGGAACGGUCCAGAGAGCAACAGUGGGGAGCGCCUGAAGGCUAUGCUUCUGGCAAAGGAUAUUCGGGACAGGGAGCGAGGGGGCCGUGCUGAAAUAGGAGUGAUCGAGGGAGACAAGGAGGCAGCCAGCCCAGAACUGAUGAAGGUCCUCCAGAACACCCUCGGCCAACAUUCUGUUAUCAAGCCUGUGGUCCCAGAUGAGAUCAUAGAUCAGCAGCAGAAAUCAAGUAUCAUGUUAUAUCAUGUCUCAGACUCGGCUGGGCAGCUGGUGGUCAGAGAGGUGGCAACGAGGCCUCUGGUCCAGGACUUACUGAACCAUGAUGACUGCUACAUCCUGGACCAAAGCGGGACCAAGAUCUACGUGUGGAAAGGAAGAGGAGCCACAAAGGCGGAGAAACAGCUGGCCAUGUCUAAGGCCCUGAACUUCAUCAAGAUGAAGGGCUACCCUAGCAGCACCAAUGUGGAGACCGUCACCGAUGGUGCAGAGUCAGCCAUGUUCAAGCAGCUGUUCCAGAAGUGGUCAGUGAAGGAGCAGACCGUGGGCCUGGGGAAAACAUUCGGCAUUGGCAAAAUCGGUAAGACUGCCCAGACUGUCUUUACUGCUGGGACUGAAGAAUGGCAGGCACGGAUGCUGUUCACUCGCUUGGCUUCUCCCAACCCCUUCUCUGCAGCUAAAGUUUUCCAGGAUAAAUUUGAUGUGACCCUGCUGCACACCAAACCAGAGGUCGCUGCCCAGGAAAGAAUGGUCGAUGACGGCAGUGGAAAGACUGAGGUCUGGAGAAUUGAAAACCUGGAGCUGGUACCCGUGGAGCAUCAGUGGUAUGGCUUCUUCUAUGGGGGAGACUGCUAUCUGGUUCUCUAUACAUAUGAGGUUUAUGGGAAGCCGCAUUACAUCUUGUACAUCUGGCAGGGCCGCCACGCCUCACAGGACGAGCUGGCAGCCUCCGCAUACCAGGCGGUGGAGGUGGAUAGGAAGUUUGAUGGGGCCCCUGUGCAGGUUCGGGUUACCAUGGGGAAGGAGCCACGCCACUUCAUGGCCAUCUUCAAAGGAAAGCUGGUUAUCUUUGAGGGUGGGACUUCCAGGAAGGGAAAUGCCGAGCCUGAUCCUCCAGUAAGACUCUUUCAGAUUCAAGGAAAUGACAAAUCUAACACCAAAGCAGUGGAGGUGCCAGCCUUUGCCUCCGCCCUAAACUCCAAUGACGUCUUUCUGCUGCGGACCCAGGCAGAGCACUACCUGUGGUAUGGCAAGGGGUCUAGUGGGGAUGAGCGGGCAAUGGCUAAGGAACUGGCCACGCUUCUCUGUGAUGGCACUGAGGACACUGUGGCAGAGGGCCAGGAGCCCCCUGAGUUCUGGGAACUGCUGGGAGGGAAAACUCCCUAUGCCAGUCACAAAAGAUUACAGCAGGAAAUCCUAGAUGUCCAGCCCCGUCUCUUUGAAUGUUCCAAUAAGACUGGCCGGUUCAUUGUCACUGAGAUCACAGACUUCACCCAGGAUGACCUGAACCCAGGUGAUGUGAUGCUCCUGGAUACCUGGGACCAGGUGUUCUUGUGGAUUGGUGCUGAGGCCAAUGCCAUAGAGAAGGAGAGAGCCCUUGCUACAGCCCAGGAGUACCUGCACACUCACCCUAGUGGCCGAGACACUGACACACCGAUCCUGAUCAUUAAACAGGGGUUUGAGCCUCCCCUCUUCACAGGCUGGUUCUUGGCCUGGGACUCUCACCUUUGGAGCGUGGGAAAAUCAUAUGAACAGUUAAAAGAAGAGCUGGGAGACGCUGCUGCUAUCACGAGAAUCACUGCUGACAUGAGGAAUGCAACCCUCUCCCUGAAUUCUGAGAUAAAAUAUUACCCUAUAGAAGUUCUACUGAAAAAUCAGAAUCAAGAAUUGCCUGAGGAUGUGGACCCUGCCAAAAAGGAGAAUUACCUCUCUGAACACGACUUUGUUUCUGUGUUUGGCAUCACAAGAGGGCAAUUUGUUGCUCUGCCUGGCUGGAAACAGCUCCAAAUGAAGAAAGAAAAGGGGCUUUUCUAAGGCAAGAAAGCAUACACCUACUGCAAGACCACAAAAGAGAGUAGAUAGUGCCAAUAUCAGGAAAGAAUUUAUCUACCAAUUGUUGCCUAACACUCAGCUACUUAAUUUAGAUAAAAUAGGGUCUGCAAAUCACAGCAUGUUCUCCAUUUUUCUUAUCUCUGCAUUCCUUAGUUGUUAUAUACCUAAAAUGUUAACUACCCACUUUUUGAUUUUGUGGCCUUCUGGCUAAAGCCUCAGCAGAAAACACUAAAACUACAUGAAUCUGGAAAAUUCAAAAGUAAGACAACAAAAAAACUAAGUUUAAAGUGUUUAAUAUUAGGGCAAAAACCUAAGUUUGUUUUCAAUUUUAAGAUCAGUACAUCCAAAAUCUAUUUAACCCACAAAUCAUUGAAGUUAAUCACAUGUAUACCCCAAAGCCAAAUGUCCAAAUCUGUAUGUGCCAGAGCUUUUAACUUUUCAAAUAAAGAUACCUAUAUGAGAAAAUGGGAGUUCUAUUCAGUAUUAUGGGUUUGCCCAUUAUAGU